UUGGUCUAUUAGCAAUUCACACCCCAAAGUAGUUACAUUACCAAAGAUUUCCACUUUUCUUGUAGCUAAAAAUCUCAUCUUGGAAACUGACUUUGCUCAUAGGAGUCAAGUUUCGGGUGUGGAAGUAAAAUUUUGGAUUUUUUAGGGGGUGGACUGCAAAUAUAUAUCCGCGGAAUAUUUCAACGAUACUACAAAGAGCGGCCAUGCAUGAUUUGUGCAGAAGGAAUUUUUGAGCCAUCAGAUGGGUGAAGGUUGAAGUCAGAAGAGCUCAGGAUCGAGACAGAAUUCGAACUCGAGAAAUGUGGUGGUUGCUAUUUGCAGAUAUUUCUGUUAGGAUGGGUUGAAAAGUGUGUUCCAAAAAUCAUUUCGUAUUUUGCAAAUUUUGCAUCCUCUGUGGAAUACAGUACUGCGCUGAAAUCUAGCUGUUUUGGUAUCGAGAAAAAUGGGGGAACUCGUGGUUAACAGUGAAGUGGAAAUGGAAUUACAAGUAGAAGAUAAGAAAAACACGGCAGGAGGCGGCGGAAGCGGAGCUGUGGCGGCGGCCGGCGACUCUUCUGUUGUGAAUUGGGAAAGGUUUCUUCCGAAAAUGGUGAGAGUGAUGCUCGUGGAAGCUGAUGAUUCUACGAGGCAGAUCAUUGCUGCCUUGCUCAGAAAAUGUAGUUACAGAGUUGCAGCAGUUCCGGAUGGCUUGAAAGCUUGGGAGCUACUGAAAGGAAGGCCUCAAAGCAUCGACCUCAUUUUGACGGAAGUCGAAUUGCCAUCAAUUUCUGGAUAUGCACUUCUCACUUUGAUCAUGGAGCAUGAAUCCUGCAAAAAUAUUCCAGUAAUAAUGAUGUCCUCGCACGACUCAGUGAGCACAGUUUACAACUGCAUGUUGAGAGGUGCAGCUGACUUUCUUGUGAAGCCUGUCAGGAAAAAUGAACUAAGGAAUCUGUGGCAGCAUGUCUGGAGGAAACAAGCUUCGAGCACCGGGGUUGGCCUGGGGCCUCCAGAUGAGAGUGUAGCUCAAGGGAAGGAUGAAAUGCCAGCUGUUAGUAAUCAUUCAAGUGGUCGUAUGUCAUCUGUUGGGAGAAAUAACCACUGUCUUGAGAAAGGAAGUGAUGCUCAGAGCUCAAGCACAAGACCAGCUGUGGAGGCAGAAGGAGAAGUCGAAUGCGAUCAAUAUAUUUCACUGCUCAAAACAGGCAAAUGUUUGUUAGAAGGAAACAUUAAUACUUUUACAAGAGAAGAAUGCCGGAAAGAGAGUAGAAAGAGAAGGCACGACGAUGAAAAUGGAGAAUCACUGGAAGCUGAUCGAACCACAAUACAACCAACAAAAACUCCUCGUCAUGGUUGGGAAUCGGGUGACAGCAUUGCUAAAUAUAAUGAUGUCCUUGAGAAGUCUUCUACAGUGGCUAUUGACUUAAUUGGCACUUUCGACAAUAACCUCAAAGAAACUGUCGGAAAUUCUGCCUUGAAUGGGGUUAUCAACAAAUUUAAUGCACUGCCCCCGUUGGAUCUGUCGCUGCGACCUCAGUUGAAUCACUCUGAUGCUUCACCCUUCUCAAGGUAUGUAAACAAGUCAUUGCAGCUCCACAACUCUAUGUUGCCUAGCUCGUGUGAUGAACAUACAACCCACAAAACCAAUCCGGAGAAACGAUCAUCCAGGCACAUCCUUGAAUUGAAUUCUCAGAUAUGUUGUCCACCGUCAAGCUCUCCAAAACAGAUUUCUGUAGCUACAGUCCAGACCCAGCAACAGCACGAGACUUUCCCAUACUCCCACUGUCGAGAAGUAUCUCACCCGAUUCCAUUUAGGGGUGUAAGGUUUGAUCAUAUGACCAGUGCCUAUGAUUCUGUGAUGCCUUCCAUCUAUUCUGUUAAAUCAGGCUCUCAAGGUGCAUCACACUGCUCAGGACCUCUCUCUCAGCUGAAUACAUUCCAUCCAGCAAACUCUCGGCCCUCAACUUCUCAGCAGUUUCUUAGUCUUGUGGAUCUAAAACUCAGUAAAUCCAUUGAUCAGACAGAGGCCAAGCUUGGCGAAAAGUUGGAGGACCAGAGGCAUAUUCCACCUGAAAAUGAUCAGAGUGCUAGUAGCAGCUACUGUAACGGUAAUAUGAGCCAUAAUCAGAGUACAGGUUCCGGAAGCCAUGGAAAACUCGAUGCAGUUUCAAUUUUCAAGACCGCACCAUCGGAAUGUGGUAAUGAAGAGAGGUUACCUGUUCUCGAAGGAUCCUCCCACCGAUCCAUCCAAAGAGAAGCAGCUCUUACAAAAUUCCGCCAGAAGAGGAAAGACAGAUGCUUUGAAAAGAAGGUCAGAUAUGAAAGCAGAAAAAAGCUAGCCGAGCAGCGUCCACGUGUAAAGGGACAGUUUGUUCGUCAAGUGCUUCCCCAUCCACAACCUGCAGGGAACACAUCAACAGGUUAGCUACUCCAAAUGCAUCUAACACGAAAUGUUUUUGGCAGAAGUAGACUGAACUGAUAGCUUUUGGCUUGCCUGUAUGAUUUAGUUUUACAUCUCUGUUAGAGAUCAAAGUUAGUCUUGUCUAGGGGUUUCCUGCGCGCUUGAAUUAUCUCGACAUUGUAGCUGUUAUAUGUUGGUUUUUUAUUAGGCGUUGCAUACAGUUAGGAGCUGUUUCUUACCACCAAUAUAUGUUUAUGUAGUUUGUAACUCACAUCCAUAGGUUUAUGUAAAUCAAAUAAAUAUAUUUUCAUUUCA